UACCUUAACCUAGCAUAGUCCAAAGUCAAAACCCUAAAAAUCAUAAAAUCUCUCUCUUAACUCCUCUUUCACCUUUCACCCUAUCGUGCUGCUUCACGGUAUCGUUCUUCUUCCCCUCAUUACCACCUUCCAUCUCCAAUUCCAAACAUGGGUCGGAAAGACGACGCCGUUUUAGCCACCGAAGAUCAAAUCACUAACAACAGCCCCGAACUCAAAUCCUCUAAGAAGAAGAACAAAAAGAACAAGAACAAACACGACCUUCAAAACGAAGAAAACACUCCCAAAAGAAAGCACGAAGAACUCAUCAAUCAAAACGACGCCGAAUCAAAUAAGAAAAGUAAAAAGAAGAAAAAGCAUGACAAGGAGGAGAACGACAGUGGUAACGGCGAUGACACGGUUUCCGCGUCGGGUGACCCCAUUGCAGUUACUGGAAAGAAUGCUGAAGACGCGAAAUACGCGGCGGUUAAAACUUUCGUUGAUUCGGGGCUUCCUGAGAAUGUGCUUGAGUGUUGCAAGGGUUUUGAGAAACCUUCUCCGAUUCAGUCACUAACUUGGCCUUUUUUAUUGGACGGUCGUGAUUUAAUUGGAAUUGCAGCUACUGGUUCAGGGAAGACACUUGCUUUUGGAAUACCGGCAAUUAUGCAUGUUUUGAAUAAGCGGAAGAGUAAGGGUUCUUCCAAGGGUCGUAACCCUCUUUGCCUUAUGCUCUCUCCUACAAGGGAGCUUGCUCAACAAAUAUCAGAUGUAUUGUGUGAUGCUGGUAAGUCUUGUGGCGUGGAAUCAAUUUGUUUGUAUGGUGGAACCUCAAAAGGACCACAAAUCUCUGCACUUAAAUCUGGCGUUGACAUUGUCAUUGGAACCCCUGGUCGUAUCCAAGAUCUGGUUGAAAUGGGUAUCUGUUGCCUUAAAGAAGUAUCUUUUGCGGUGCUUGAUGAAGCAGAUCGGAUGCUUGACAUGGGUUUUGAACAAAUAGUCCGCUCAAUACUUGGUCAGACAUGUUCUGUUCGUCAAAUGGUCAUGUUCAGUGCUACAUGGCCUUUAGCAGUUCAUCACUUGGCGCAGGAAUUUAUGGAUCCCAACCCUAUAAAAGUUGUUGUAGGCUCAGAGGAUUUAGCUGCCAAUCAUGAUGUCAUGCAGAUAGUUGAGGUCUUGGACGAGCGGGCACGUGAUAAGCGCUUGGUUGCUUUACUAGAGAAAUACCACAAAUCUAAGAAGAAUCGAGUAUUGGUCUUUGUUUUAUACAAAUUUGAAACCACACGAGUUGAAAGAAUGCUUCAACAAGGGGGAUGGAAGGCCGUGUCAAUAAGUGGGGACAAAUCACAGAAUGAGCGCACUAAGGCACUGUCAUUAUUCAAGAAUGGAAGCUGUCCUUUGAUGAUUGCAACUGAUGUGGCAGCACGGGGAUUGGAUAUUCCAGAUGUUGAAGUAGUGAUCAACUUUAGUUUUCCUCUAACUCUAGAAGAUUAUGUUCAUAGAAUUGGGCGAACUGGACGAGCUGGUAAGAAAGGCGUUGCCCAUACAUUCUUCACCCAAGCGAAUAAGGGACUUUCUGGGGAGCUUGUAAAUGUUUUAAGAGAAGCAGGUCAAGUUGUGCCAGAUGCUCUUUUGAAAUUUGGCACACAUGUAAAGAAAAAGGAGUCCAAGCUUUAUGGGGCUCACUUCAAGGAAAUUUCUGCUGAUGCUCCAAAGUCUAAAAAAAUAACAUUUGACAACUCUGAUGAAGACUAAACGAAAGCGUCUUACAUUUAUUUUUGGUUGGAUGAAUAUGUGGAAAAAGCUAUUUGCUUUUUCAUUUUUGGGGGUCUUGUUAUUUAUUUCUUUAAAAAGAAAAUAAGAAAAUGAUUGGAGUUUAAAGUAGUUCUUUUGACGAAAGUAGAUUAGCUAGUUCUUUUUUGUUGUACCUUGUAACUGUCAGUAAUUGGAGAUUUUAUUAUUUUCUUUAAGUCGAAUGAUUUUAUUUUUUAUUUUUUAAAUGUGGUUUUUGAGUAUUGAUUGAUUGAGUUGCUUUGUGUCA